CGUGUGAACCCUUGAUUUAUUAAAGACAGCGCGCAGGCCGGGAUAGCAUAGAUUUUCACAAUGAACCAAGGAAAAUGUUCUAAGGAACUUUUUAAAGUAAAUUAUAAAGAAUUGCCCGAAACGAUAUGCGUCGAGACGAGAUUUAUAACAAGAAAUGGGGCCCAACAGAAGAAAGAUCAGCCUUUGUAUUAUAUGAACGUUAAUCGUGGACAAGUUGAGCUGUCCAGGUACGAAGCACCGCAUUCACCAAAUAUGGGAACAAAUAUUAUUUCCAAUCAAUAUAAAAAUAUGCCAGUGGUUAAAACUAAACAACCAAUGGUCACUGUGAGUGUUAGAAAUAAAACGCCUGUAACAUCGGUAAUGCCACCAAAUACAAAUCUGCAGCCACCUCCAUACAUGAAUACAAUUCCACCAGCACAAGUUGUAACCGUGCAGCCACCAUUAAAUAUGAGUAUUAGUGCUCCGUAUAAUAUUAGUAUGUUGCCGGAUGUUUCGAAUGUUAUGAGCACCGUUUCCACUCCACAGUCAACAGUCACAAUACCCUUAGCUAAUCCUGUCUUGCCAAAUAUGGGAUUUAAUUCACCAUCGCUUUUUCUCAAACCUCCGGUGCAAACAAAGGAUUCCGAAUGUAUGACUGAACCCAAAGCUUCAGUUGUACAUUUUGGUCAGCAAACUGAUGAGCCUAUUUCUAAAGUUGACACAGCCAUUCAGUGCAAUAUGGACGAUGUUUAUUUCUUUGAGGAAAUAAAUGAAGACUUUAAUGAUGGUCAAAACUCUUCGGUGCCCCAAAAAACAAUAGAAGAGGAAAAAGAAGAUUUCUUAAAGUACGUGAAAGAAAAUUCCGUGGAAUACAAAAAUCACUUUUGGGAAUGUUUAAUAUGUGGGGAGGUUUGUAAAAAGUUCAAAUAUUUCUAUGGACACAUGGCAGUACAUAGAGGACCUCAAGUUUUAUGCUAUGUAUGUGGCCAAUACCUAGACCACGAAUCACUCAUGGAAAAACACAAUUGCAAGAAUUCCAAACGGAUUUGUCGAGCCUUGCUUCGCUGUCCCGCAUCGCCAUUCUGCAAAGUUGUGGCCAUUUCUCGUUUGGAGCUAUACGAUCACAUCAAUGAACAUAAGAAAUAUCGCGUUCAUAGUUGUUCUGCUUGUCAUAAAGCAUUUUGUACUGCACAAGAAUUUUUGCGACAUUUGCUUCUGCGGGCUCAAUGCUAUACCGAUGCUAGGAGGAAUCGUAACCGUUUGUAUGGACUGAAAACCAAAUCAGAAAGACUUUGUAGGGUACGAGUUUCUACUUUGCACACCCUCUCAAAUCGAACAACCAUGAUAAAACGUCCAUUAAAUACUAGACGUAAAAGUAACAGAAACCUCUGUGAAAUUUGUUUUAAGUCUUACCGGAAUAAGUUCAUCUACAAGCGACACAUUAAAAAGUGUGCCAAAUUAUUUAAAAAACGCUCGUCCAAAAGACCCACUAAAGUAUUAAAUAAUGAUAAAUAACAAUGAGUGUAUCUUACAACUGUUCAUAACCACACAUAUGUAAUGAAUUGCAUAGAAUGGUUUCCUUUUUCGAUCGUCAUUUAUAUCCAUUUCAAAUAUAUCUAAUACCUCAAGCUACAAAGAA